AUGAAGGCUUUUAUCGUACUAGCAUUGUGUGUGGCGUCUGCCUUCGCGGGCUACCAGGAGGAUCUAUGGCUUGAAAAGAAUAGUGUUCGACCGCUCGGUCUGGAAGAUUUCAUUGAGUCGGAGUACACCGGAAGGAUUGUAGGAGGAAACGAAGUCAGUAUCGCUAAUUUCCCAUACCAGCUUUCACUGCGCUCCAACGGUAAUCACAUCUGUGGUGCUUCGAUCAUCUCCAGCAACUGGGCUCUGUCUGCUGCUCACUGUACUCAUCCAAUGCCAUCGGUUGGCUCGAUCACUUUCCGUGGAGGAAGCGCUAGCCGAACUGCUGGAGGCACCAUUUUCCAGGCCGCUCAGAUCAUUAACCAUCCAUCGUAUAACCCCAGCACCAUUGAUAAUGAUGUUUGCGUCAUCCGUAUCACUACUUCCUUCACUGGCGCUAACAUCUCACCAAUUACGAUUGUGCCAAGUGGAACUAGCUUCGCUGCUGGAACCCGCAGUGUGGUAUCUGGAUGGGGUCUAACUACUCCUGGUGGAUCGUUGCCAGUCAACCUACGUGCUGUGGACAUUCCCGUUGUCGCUCAAGGUACUUGCCAGAGCCAAUGGGGAGCUGGAAGAAUCACUGCAAACAUGGUUUGCGCCGGUGAGCCUGGACGCGAUUCCUGCAACGGUGACAGCGGUGGUCCACUCGUCACUGGAGGACGCCAGUUCGGUAUUGUAUCGUGGGGUGCCGUGCAAUGUGGUGGAAACCUGGCAGGAGUUUACGCUAACAUUGGUGCUGCCAGUGUUCGCAAUUUCAUUAGUUCGAAUACCGGCGUGUAA